AUGCCCGCUCCAGCUACCAUCACCCCCCAGUUCUGGGACACAUACUUCGGCGUCGAUGCGACCUGCGAGACGGCCUUCGAGGGUCUCACUGGUUCGAGGUUGUGGAAGGAGUUGCUGGUGACGUAUUGCACCGAGCGCCACUCUACUCUCCAAGUCUUGGGCAUGCGGACGGGCGCCGACGGGAAGUACACCCUCUUGCUCAAGAGAUGCCCCGAUGUCAACCCGCGGAAGCAGUACCAUAUUGUCAAGGAAUACGCCAAAACUCUCAUGGAUAAGGGCCUCUUCUCCGAGAUGCGCGGGCAGCCCAUCGCAGUGGAGACGGGUACGAGCUGCACUGAUGGCGAUUACUUGAUGAUCGCGGGAGCGACUUUAUGCGAGGUUGCCGCGGACAUCGACACGACCAACGUCUACAUCCAGGACAUCAUCAGGGAUGGCAUGUCCAACAUCAUGGUGUUUCGUCGCGACUGUCCCAAGGAAAUCCAGCGCGCUUUGAAAAAGAUGCACAACAAGUUUCACAACGGGUCCGAUGCCACAUUCGUGGAGCUGUUCGAGCUUGUGGACGAGGCCGAGAAGACGUGGGCCGCUCACAAAAAGGCCGCCGAGACUUUUGUCAAAGUACUGAAGGCUGAGCGCAUAACGGUGGCAUCGUGUCCUAAGAGCGGAGACUACCGCUACGAGAAACUCUACGAGCGCUACGUGCUCAGCCAUUUCGAUCAGUUCAAGACCUGGGAUCACUACGACAACUGCAAGAGCUUCACCCACAAGAUGCAUGCGGCCAAACUCUACACCCCGUGGAAGGAGGAGAUGGAGCAGCGGUGCGAGUUCCUCGACAGGGGAAUCACCAACAAGCUCGUGGCCAAAGUAUGCAACACCCUGUUCCUUCGCAUCAUGGACUUCAACGACGCCGCGGAACAGCGCGUCUUAGAGUUAGCUUUGAUGGAAGCCCUCAUGAUGGUUGCUCCGAUGGAGGGUGCCGACGGCUCGUGGGUGUUCCAGCGCGAGAGCGACUUGGACAAGAUCAAGAACCUCAGGGCGCCAAUGAGCACGUCCCAGGUGUUCCUGAAAAAGAAGCAGGGGAAGCGGUCCAACGUGAAAGCCAAGACGGCACCCCCUAUGAAGAAGCCCAAGAAAGGCACCCAGGAUGAAGCUCUCGUCCUGAACGUGCCAGCUGAGGAGAUCCACGAUACGGUAUCCGCCGACAGCCCUAACACUUCGAGGAACACGCUGUUCUUCGACGACUUGGUCAACGCUAUCUGCCAGCCGCUGCAGCACUUGCCGAUUGCGCGGUACAACACGGAGGUGAUCCGCGAGCUCUUCAAGUUCGGCUUCAUUUUCUGUUUCGAAGGUGCCGUGACCAUCAGGGGGGAGAUGUACACCGACUGGUCGAAGGUUCGGAAGAUCUUCAGGGAUGACAGCAUCCGCGCUCACAGGGGGGACCUCAUGGUCAAGGAGUGCGAGAUUGCUCAUGGCGAUGCCGAUGCUGGUGCCGCGAGCUCUUUUGCUGGCCCCUCGGUCGGUAACGUUCAAGCCGUCAACGACGCGUUGAGCCAGUUCGUCGGCGAUGAGAAGUUCGUGCUCGGCAUGUUUGCAAUCGUUCGCCAGACGAAGAUGCCUGAUAUUUUGGUGCAGCCAGCUUACUUGAACGUAUCGAUGAAGCUCUACCAGCAGCACGUGGAGGACGUGACGCCCAAGGGCGAUGCCGCGGCCGCUCCCGUGGCCUGGACCCACGUAUCGUUCCUCGAGUGCGCGCGCAGGGUGCUCAAGGAUACGUUCUCGCACAGGUGGACGGAGUUCGGCGCGCGCUUGCUGCCGAUCGUCGAGAAGGAGGCCGGCGACUCGAAUAUCUCCCAUCUCACGGUGGGCCUUUUCGAUACCAAAGCUCAUGUGCGCCGCUUCUUCGGGCUUCGGGCUUCCUGCGUGAUCGGCAUGCUCGCGAACCUCGGCUGCAUUGCCGCGCCGAGCGCCAUACAGGCCCUUUACGACAACAUCAGCAUGAUCAAGGAGCGCGACUUGGCCGUGAAAGACGAUAGGUGGGUCGCCAUGUGGAGCGUCGUCAUCAAAGCCGCGAUGAUCGACCCCGACCAGUUGCGCGAGAAGCUCGAGGCCAUGGCGGUGGUUAAGGACCAGGCGUCCUGGUUCGGCAAUGACGCCGACGCCCCGUCGUCGCUGCCGCUCUCAGACUCGUGCGGCAGCUCCCCCGCCCAGCCCGAUGAGGAGCAGGCGAAGACGACGGUUGCGGAGGCGGAGGUGCCGAAGGACCAGGCGACGGAGGCGCCGAAGGGCCAGGCGAAGAAGGAGGCGGAGGGGGAGGCUACGACUCCGAAGGCCAAGACCGUUGCCGAUCCCGCAGCGGGCUCCUCGACGGCAGCGAGCGGUGGCAAGACGACGGGCUCGACGUCGCACGCCAUGGCGAAGGUGGAGAUCGAGAUGACGUUGACAGCCAUCGCUUCACAUGUGGCUUGCUCCGAGGUGGGCGCCCCCGUCUUGGCGUCCUUCAUGAAGCACCUGGAGGCUUUCAUUUACGACACGAUCAAGAUGAGCAAGCUUCCGUCAGUCGAUGUGAAAUCGCCGACGAAGCGGAAACUGGGCAAGAAGACGUCGAACGAAUUCAAGCCAGAUAAGGCACCUGCCGCGGGUGCCGCCGAGGUCUGGGGGGGCUUCGCGGACACGGGCUUGGACCUCAUCAAGGCCAAGCUGGGCGAGCCCGACAGCAAGGAGAAACCAGAGCCCGUGGCCACGGAGAUUACGCCGUCCAUCUGCUUGCACUUCUACGGGACAGUCACCCGCGCGUUGGUGAAGGACGCGCUCCACGUGUGCUCCGCCUUCGGCAUUGACUUCUACAUCACGAAGGAGGGCCUCGACACUUUCCAUUCGCAGCUGGGGUUUUGCCCUGCCUGGAUGGUGAAUGUCAAGCAGCCCAAGGAGAAGACCCUGACCGACGGAUCCAAGAAGCUGGAGCCGCCGACUGUCAACCUGAACCACAAGAAGGAGACGACGUCGAUGCAUUACACAUACUCGCACAUGGGGAAGACAAUGACAGCGCACAUCCCUGUCGCGAUCCACUCCCUGGUGCCCUUCGAAGGCUUCCACGGGUUUACCGACGCCAUCCUCACCCGUGCCGUGAUGACUGACCAGGUGACUCUCAACCAGUCGAAGCAGGCGGUGAAGAAGGGUGCUACCACCACAAAGGGGGCGCCUGAGGAGUUCAAGGGUCAAAACAUUUGUAUCGCUGAAAUGGGCAUCGCA